GAAGGUAGUUGAAGAAGCAGAGCCACGCAAGGUGGUGUUGGUCCAACCAGGACCCUUAUUUUCUUAUCCUCUCCGAGUGCUCUGCGCCAUUCAUCGCGGGGAAGGGCCUUUGAGUUCUGAAUUGCGCCAUUUGUCUAUUUGGGUAUCCGCCAAAUCUUGAAAAGAUCGCUUCUCUGUAGAUUUCUCUUCGAUUUACUGUUCAAUUGGCAUGCGGGUAUUUCCCAAAACUGCAAAAGAACUUGAAGAGAAUUAGGGAAGGGCGAGACAAUGAAAAUUCAGUGCGAUGUGUGCGAGAGAGCGCCGGCAACCGUGAUUUGUUGCGCCGACGAGGCGGCUCUGUGCGCGAAAUGCGAUAUUGAAGUUCAUGCGGCGAACAAGCUCGCUAGCAAGCACCAGAGGCUUCUUCUUCAGUCCCUCUCCAGCAAGCUCCCUCCGUGUGACAUUUGCCAAGAGAAUGCUGCUUUCAUUUUUUGUGUUGAAGACAGAGCCCUUUUAUGCAAGGAUUGUGAUGAACCAAUACAUGCAGCCAAUAGCCUUUCUGCAAACCACCAACGAUUUUUAGCAACAGGGGUUCAAGUGGCCUUGAGCUCAAAUUGUAACAGGGCCACUGACAAGAACUGCCCAGAUCCACCCAAUCAGAACAUCCGACAGAUUGCCAUGAAAACUCCUGUACAGCAAGCCUCUGGCUUCACAUCUCCUUCUUGGGUCAUUGAUGACUUGUUACAGAUUUCUGAUUUCGAAACUUAUGAGAAGAAAGAACAGCUUGAGUUUGGAGAGCUUGAAUGGUUCGCCGGGAUGGACAUCUUUGGUGAGCAGGUUCCUCAGGAGACAUUAGCAGCAGCUGAGGUCCCUCAACUUCCAAUUCCACAGUCCACCUCAUACAGACCAACCAAAUCCUACAUGCCCCACAAGAAACCCAGGAUCGAAAUCCCAGAUGAUGAUGAUGAUCACUUCACUGUCCCUGAUCUUGGCUGAACUUCGAUGCGAAUAAAAUGUAUGGUGUGGAAGCACAUGCCUGUAAGGAUGAUGGGUUACAAUACAUAUCAUGGAUGUAACUAUCAACAUUUCUUUUUUCUUUUAAGGGGAAGUUGUAAUCAUGUGUGUUGGUAAAAGGUUUGUUUUUGGCAACUCACUUUCUGUCUUUCUUUUUUCUUCUAGGGGGCUUUUGGGCAAGGGAAAACUUGUCUAUUGAUUUACAGAAUAGCGCUUCAAUGCUGUAGUGUGCAUUACUCAUUACACUGUAACUGAGUAACUAUUAAAUACUAUUGCUGUAUGUUUAUUGCUGUUA